AUGGACAACGAGUUCGUCAGCAAAUACAGAAGUAGAGUUCCCGAGUGGCUGCCCGAGUCGCCGCCUUCCGGGUUCCAUCGUUGGGAGCCUCAGUCAAAACCGACGUCUGGCAACACGUCGGACAAUGCAACCGACGACGAGCAUGCAGAAUCUCCAGAUUCCGCCUCAGACAAUCAGCACUUUUAUAAUCCCGUAAAUGACCCCUUGAAGAUCAACAACCUCCAUGGAAACAUCUUGCCGGCGUUGAGAGACACGUUGGGGUUAGAGUCGGUCAACAUACGGCAUGUUGUUCUUAUUCAGAUGGAAAGUAUGCGGCAGGAGCUGUUUCCCCUUCAAAAAGAAUCCAACUUUCACAAAAUGGUUUUGCAGUCACAUGAUGAGUCCAAGCAUGAUGAUGUGAAUCUUCAGCUGGCCCGCCUCACUGUGAACGCGGAAAGAGUAACCGGAAUGUCGGGAGAUUUUCAUACAGCUGACGGACGACGAAUUCCACCGGAAUCCAAGGAGUGGCACGACAGGACAGAAGCUGGCUUAGGGGGCUUGAAUGUCAUCGGCACGCACACUACUUGCAGCUCGUCCAUUAAGAGCCUGGCGGCGAUACAUUGCGGCGUUUGGCCCAUGCCCGUCGACUGGUGCGAAGAAUCCAAGCUCCAGAGCUAUCAGCCUUGCUUGCCGCAUAUCUUCAAGUUACUUAAUAUGCUAAAGAAUGAAACACUCAACGCCUCAGACUAUCGUGACCAUAAAUGGUAUCCUGCCUUUUUUCAGUCCAUCAACGAUGAGUUUGACGACCAAAAAAACAUGGAUGAGAUGAUUGGAUUCGAGCACAUCGUGACUAGACGGCAAGUCGAUGACCAAGUUGCAAACAGCGGGGUGGAUGAGGAAGAGGUCAACUACUUUGGAUAUGCUGAAACGGCGAUAAAGUCUCAUAUUAAGGACUACAUGAAGAAGGCAAUAGACAGCAAUCAGCGAAUGUUUCUCUCUCAUUUCACCAGCACGACACAUCAUCCGUGGAGCGUCCCGUCGUGGUUCGACAAGACGGAAUACAUGGGUAGUGCGCGCGGGGGACUUACGACUUCGCAUGAAGACAUGAACAACUACCUGAACACGAUCCGCUGGAACGACGCCUGGGUAGGCGAGGUGAUGCAACUGCUCGACGACUUUGAAAUCUCAAACGAGACGUUGGUCGUCUUUGUGGGAGACCACGGGCAGGCGUUUAGAGAGGAUGCCAAAGCCAGCGGCACGUACCAGAACGGCCAUAUCAGCAAUUUCCGCGUGCCUCUGGCAUUCAGGCAUCCGCGAAUCCCCCGUGUUCAACUUACCGUGAACUCAACCUCAAUCAACAUCUUGCCUACAGUACUUGAUCUCUUGAUCAGUAGCGGGUCGCUGAAUGCGCGUGAUACCGAUGCAGCGUCGGACAUUAUCCAAGAUUACGAGGGGCAGUCACUAAUCCGUCCCUUUGAAGCCACGCAUCGCGGCCGCCGUGCUUGGAACUUUGGCAUUGUCAAUCCAGGCGGUCGCUUCCUUGCCAUGACGUCGGCCGAUGUGCCCUGGCGGCUUGUUCUCCCUUGGGACGACAGUGCGGAAUACGUCUUCACGAACCUUGAGAAGGACCCGCUAGAACUAGACGGCAUCUUGAAUUGGUCUCUGGAAGUCCUUGUGUCGGAUGUUGAGCGACAUCUUGGCGCGGAUGCGGCCACAUGGGUGCGUGAGGCAGCAUCGGUUGCCCGCUGGUGGGGGAUGGAACGUAAACGACUCUGGAAAUACCACUGA